GCCACCGCCAGCAAGACAGACACAGAGAGAGAGAGAGAGAGAGACAGAGAGAGAAAGAUAAAGAGAGAGGGAGUGAGAUUGAGUGAGAGAGAUAGAGAGAUAGAGAGAGGGAGAGUGAGAGAGAUAGAGAGGGAGAGGGAGAGAGAGAGUGUGUGUGUGUGUGUGUGUGUGUGUGUGCGCGCGCGCGUGUGUCUUCGGGGGCGUGCGUGUGCGCUAGUGAGAGAGAGCGACUGAGCGAGGCGAGAGAGCGAGAGAGCGAGCCAGCAGCCCGCGAGAGGAGAAGCGUGCAGUCGCGAGGGCUAAAGGAGAGAGAGAGAGAGAAAGAGAGAACGCGAGCGAGAGAGAGAGAGAGACGCAGAGAGCACCGAGAGCAACACAAAGCUAUGAAAUUCGUCCAAGCUGUUUGCCUGCUGCUUCUCUGUCCCGCUUUUAGCCUCAACACCAGCUAUGAGGGCCUGGAGAAGAAGCUGAAGGAGGUGUUCACAGAGAGAACAGGGAUCUUACGGCAACUCUCCAAAACUUCAAAGGAGCUAGACAGCAUAAAAGGAAACCUUCAGACGCUGAAGAAUGAUGACUCCGUGGCUAAGACGGAUGUGCAAAGAAUUCUGGAGCUCAGCCACAAACAGAGGGAGGAAAUGAAGUCGCUUCAGACGGCCCUGCAGAAGCAGCUUGAUGAGGCGACGGAGAAAGCAGAGAAGCAGCAGGCUACGAUCAAGUUCCUCAAGAUGGAGAUGGAGAAGAGGACCAAGAUAAUUAAGGACCUGCAACAAGAGAACAAAAGCCUAAAGAACAAACUUCUGUCCGGCAACAAGCUCUGUGACAUCCACGCAGAGGAGUCCAAAAAAAUCCAGGCGCAGCUGAAAGAGCUGAGGUACGGCAAAAAGGAUUUAAUUUUCAAGGGUCAGCAGCUAAUGGACUUGGAAAACAAGUUACGAGUAGCCAAAGAGGAGCUGGAGAAAGCCGCGCUGGACAAGGAGUCUCAGCUCAAAGCCCUGAAGGACACAGUGCAUCUCUGCUUCUCCUCUGUUCUGCACAGCCAGACGGCAAACGGACACAGAUUCCCUGCUAACCCGACUCACCUGUUUAGGUACGCUCCACUGAUCAACAGCUCCAGAGUCACUUUUCAGCAGCCACACGCAAAGGAUAUCCCAAAAGUUCCCAGAAUCACUACAACAAGUAAAUCGUCUGUGAACACAGAAGCGCCGAGGAGAGACAGUUCAGGAGGCAAGGACUGCCAGAUGGUAAAGGUCGACGGAACCUGUUUCCAGAAUAAGACUGAGAAGGUAUCUGUGGAGACCAAAAAAAUGAUGGUUCACAGCACCCAGAAGAGCCAUGACAGAACUGGAAAUGGCAAUGCAAGAACAUCAGAGGGUGAUAUGACAAUGGAAGGAGCCAUUAAAAAGACACAUCUCGACAAACACAACUGAAGGCAGACAGGAUGAAGCUGCAGAUUUUCUGCAUGGUCUGGAUGAUGUCAAAUGAAUUUAGGCCCCUUCUUUCACUCAAAAAGCAUAUAAGCACACACACAUGCACGCUGGCAAGCACACGAUUAGAUUCGCUCAGUCACACACACAAACACACAUACACACACACACACACACACACACUGACAUACAUGCAUACACAUACACACUCUCUUAAAAACAAUGUCACAUAGAAGCUCUGCUCUUGUAGAAAUGUCACUUCCCAACUUACUAAAUUUUUGAACUUUCUUGAUUAAAUAAGCAGCAUAGUACUAUGGCAUGCAUACUAGACUUAUAGGUUUUUUAAAGGUUGCAAUGGUAUUGGUAAUUUUGUUUUAUAAAUGUUCAUUUCUUUGUUAACUCCUUAAUUUUUUUAAGUGAGGACACCACUAUAUUAAUUUGUGAUGUUUAUAAAUAAACUACUCUUGUCACUGGUUCAACCUAGAUUUUCAGUGCUGAUACUGCUCUCUCUCUCUCCCUCUCUCUCUCUCUCUCUCUCUCUCUCUCUCUCUCUCUCUCUCUCUCUCUCUCUCUCUCUUAUCAAUUAAGAACUGUUCUGCAAAAUUGAAAACAAAAAGUAUGGUUUCUCACGCAUCGUAGCAAAGGUUGAUUUAUUCCCUGUUCCAUUUUCCAAAGUACGUAGGCUCAAGUUGGCUGGCCAACUUUCACCAUUGAAUAUUCCUGAGCUCUUCCUUCCUUGUUGGUGUCAGAGGUGAAGAGCUAAAAGACUCACACUGAGUCGUUUUCCCUGAGAAUGAUGUGCCAUGCACUGAGUAUUAAUCUUCGCUACAUCUGUCUCUUAUCUCUACCUUUCUGUGUCCUUUCAAUAAACCGUGAUUUUUUUGGUAAAUGUGUAAAGAAUAAAUGGUUCUUUGUGGAGAAAGAAA